AUGGUUCACUGGAAGUUUAAUCGUUCCAAAACCAGCGCGGAGCAACAGUCAUUCCUGAAGGCAAAUCGUGUUUUUCUCGUUCACACCCGCAUCCUUGUCGUUGCACCAAAUACGCUUGUGUUGCUGCUACCUCACGAAGCCAGUCUAUUGGGCAAAGGUCGCGCUUUCGGUAUCAAGCAGACACUGGAAGCACGAGAGCACACCACUCAUUCAACAUCGAUCGAGAGCGUUUCUUCGUCGAUCUUUCGGCUACCUUGCCAGCAUCGCUUGAAGAAUGUCAUCCGAUCUGCCGAUGGCUCAGCAGAAAACUUUGGCCAUCAUGCCAACAUACAUGGCAUCUUUGUCGAUUCCGUGCUCUGCAUCGCCGAGGCUAUCCGUGAUCAUCGCGCAGGAAAAGGGAGCACAGUCACACGGGGAACCAUCGCUUACGCUGUGGGAAACCAGGCGACAUGCAACUUCCAAGGCUUUUUAUUACAGUUAGCAAUAGGGGCACCGCUAUACAACUGCUCGCUGGCGUUGUGCUACCUUCUGACGAUAAUGUACGAUUGGUCGAACGAUCGUCUCGCACUCAUGGGACGAUGGGUGCAUAUGUUCAUCAUCUCUUUUUCGGUGGGAACUUCGAUUUUACUUUUGCCUCUUGGUCAGUAUAACCAGAUAACUCAGGUGUGUUGGAUAAUUGGAUACCCAUCCGGCUGCGGCAACAGCUCCAACAUACGGUCGAACAUUCCCUGCGUCCGAGGAAAUUGGUCUUGGAAUUACGGAAUUCUACUGUUUUACGGACCUCUCUGGCUUUGCAUCGUGCUUACUAUCAUUGCCAUGGCAAAUAUUUACCUGGUACUUCGCGCGACUCAUACUCGGAUGCAAAGAUAUUCCACACAGGCACUCAACGCGAUGGAAUCGAACGGCACUAAAAUCGGAAACACAACAUCGGAAGAUCGCAAGUCUUCAGACAAAACCAUGGUGCUGGAACCCAUUAAGAAAAAUAGCAAGGACUUCGUCGAAGCCAGUCACGCCACAAAAGCGGAGGAUUUUCUCGAGGAGACGGAUCUGAAGGGUAGUCGCAUAGUCGACAAGAAGACCAGUACGAUGGAAUUGACUUCACUUCAUCUCGGUGGAGGAAAGUAA